AUGGCAUCAUUUUCAAUAAAUCCAUCAACCUCAUCAGAUAACAAUAAGUUAGAUCAAUUAUCAGAAACUUCUAAUGAAAGUGGAAAAGAUUUGCCAACAUCUUCUUCAAAUAUUGAAGAAAUAAUAGACGAGCAAGAUGUUAAGGUCGUCACACGUCGUCCUAUAGAACAAAGUAACGAAAUUCCUUCUUAUAUGAUUGAAAAAAAAUAUUGUACACCUUUAAAAGCUUCUUGUAUUAGCAGUACUAUUGUAACGGAACAAUCAUUAGUUAGAGAAAAAAGAAGUGCUGCACUUUUUGCACGACCAUUUGAAGAAGUGCUAGUCGGACAACCAAAUACAGAUGUACCAGUUGGAACAUAUCCAAAACCAAAUGAUAAUAAAUCUUUAUUUAUGAAAAAACCUUCGUAG